GCGCAUCAGCGCGUGGGAGGCUCGUAUUAAACCUGUGGAGUCAGGACCGGGCACACGAGUCGUAGUUGGGAGACAAGAAGCUGUUUUUCCUGCUCUUUAGGAUUCCCCGCCGUCAUCCCGGAAGUCUCGUCCUCCGCAAGGAAGUUGCAGCGAACAGGUGCGUGGAACAAAGCUGUGCGCGCGCGCGUGUGUGUGUGCGUGCGUUUGUGUGUGCGUGUGUGUAAUUUGGGAGCCAAUCAAGAGACCAUGGACACGUUGAUGAAGGGUUUCUCUAAAGCCAAGGAUGGGGUCGUGGCAGCGGCGGAGAAAACCAAGCAGGGAGUGACUGGAGCGGCUGAGAUGACGAAAGAUGGGGUUAUCUUUGUCGGGACGAAAACAAAGGACGGAGUCACAACUGUAGCAGGUAAAACGGUGUCUGGAGUGUCUCAUGUGGGCGGGGCCAUGGUCACUGGAGUCACUGCUGUGGCCCAGAAGACAGUUGAGGGGGCGGGCAGUAUUGUCGCUGCAACUGGACUGGUCAAGAAAGAUCCUGCCAAAAAUGAUGAAGAUGCAUCAACACCACAGGACGUGGUGGAGUCGCCUGCUGACGUCGACAGUGUUGCCACCACAGAGGAGGAUGCUGGGAAGUGAUGGGGUACCGGAAGCUGGAGAAUCAAAAGUCAAUGAGCUGAACAUUCCACGCCGCUCUGCCGAGUCCCGUCGUGCCUCGUUGUGGUCCUUUUAUGACGUGUGUGUCCUGUGCGUGUGUGCGUGUUUCUCGUAUGUUAGUGUGUGUGUGUGUGUGUGUUUCCCUUUGUAUUUGUCACUAUGUAUAAUUGCAUACUGGUGUAUGUGUGCACAGAGAGAGGGAGAGGGAGAGUGAGGGAGUGAGAGAGAUUGUAUGUGCGUGUACGUCCGUGUGUUGGGUGUUUGGGUGUGGAUAUAUAUGCGCAUUUUGUGAGUCUGUGUGUGUCCUUUUCACGUUUUUUCCCCACAUCAGCCCUGGAAAAGGUGUCAUGUCAUUUGCAGUGAGUCCCUCCCACUGAGAAUGCCAGCAUGGUCACUAGGGUGUGUGUGUGUGUGUGUGUGUGUGUGUGUGUGUGUGUGUUUGCGUUUUCCGCCAAUCCUUUGGCUUUGACGUAAAUAAUACAAAGACAGAAAUAUAACCCAAUUUACCACUAAAAACACCCAAGUGUCUGUAUAGUGAUUUAAAAAUAUACAGUAAUCAAUCUGAAAUAGAGGCAUAAUUAUCUACUCUAUUUUUGUGUGUAUAUUGUCCGUUUUUGCGGUGGACUACAGAGCGCUAAGCUAUUUGUGUGUUCAUGUUGUAUUUUUAUUUUUCAAGUUGUCACUGCUUUUAAAUCUGAAUGACUAUCGGAUGGAACUGGAAAAAACAAAAGCAUGUAACCAAAUAAUUCAACUUAACUGUUGUUAUAUUGACUUAUUUUGAAUUUGUUAAGUGUCGAAUAAAGCAAGAAG